CCUGCCUCUACCGAUUCCGUACAGUGGAUCCACCUUGUCUUUAAAAGCGGAAUGAGCCAAAGCAAAACCCUAGGCCAGAGAGAUCUUUCUCCUAUUUCGCUCUUCUUCUCUUUGGCCGGACCGGGAAAAAGGAGACUCGAUCUACAAUGAAGUUCAACAUCGCAAAUCCCACAACGGGAUGCCAGAAGAAGCUUGAAAUCGACGACGAUCAAAAACUUCGGGCAUUUUUUGACAAAAGGAUUUCACAGGAGGUCAAUGGGGAUGCUCUGGGUGAGGAGUUCAAAGGCUAUGUUUUCAAAAUCAUGGGUGGAUGUGAUAAACAAGGAUUCCCAAUGAAGCAGGGAGUACUGACUCCUGGCCGUGUCCGUCUGUUGCUGCAUAGAGGUACUCCUUGCUUCCGUGGAUAUGGCAGGCGCAAUGGAGAGCGCAGGAGGAAGUCUGUUCGUGGAUGCAUCGUCAGCCCUGACCUUUCUGUUCUGAACCUGGUUAUUGUGAAGAAGGGUGAAAAUGAUCUUCCUGGAUUGACUGACACUGAGAAACCUAGGAUGAGAGGUCCAAAGAGGGCAUCAAAGAUCCGGAAACUCUUCAAUCUCUCCAAGCAGGAUGACGUCACCAAGUAUGUCAACACAUAUCGCCGGACCUUCACGACCAAAUCAGGGAAGAAGUGCAGUAAAGCUCCUAAGAUACAGAGGCUAGUCACUCCCCUAACGCUGCAAAGGAAGAGAGCAAGGAUUGCAGAGAAGAAGAAGAGGAUUGUAAAGGCCAAGUCAGAGGCAGCUGAGUAUCAGAAGCUCCUUGCAACCAGGCUGAAGGAGCAGCGAGACAAGAGGAGUGAGAGCUUGGCAAAGAAGAGAUCCAGGCUCUCUGCUGCUUCCAAGCCAUCCAUUGCAGCGUGAGCUUUUGGUCUCACUGUGAUUCUGGAGUCCUGAUCGAAUGCGGCCCCAAUGUUUCAAACUUCUGGUAGUCUACUAUCAUUUUUUGUUUGAAGGUUAUUUUUUUAGAGCUUUUUCUUUUCCAACGGGAACAUGCAUGGAUCCAUUUGAGGAUCCAUGUCCAUAUGCUUUUGGAUUAGGAUGUUUGGUUGGCUAUUGUUGAGCUUUUCUUUUCUUUUCCUUUUUUCUUGUAGUUUUGAGACUAGCUUUUCUUUUAAUCCAAUUUUAACAAUUAUAAGCCUCAA